GUCCUUGUCUGUUUAAGUUUAAAAGACAGUUUGAGCUGCCUGGGCUGCACUCUGGUGGAGCCAUCAUGGAGAGAGCUGUGGUGCAAGUCACCCUCUUUGGGCUGCUGCUGGUUUUGGCUAGCACACUACCAAACAAGGACGACUGGAACAUCUACAGCUUUCACAUCAACUCCACAGUGACCAGUCGUUAUGCAACCACGGUCAUCACAAGCCGCGUGGCCAAUCGCAUGGACGACUCAAAGGAAAUAGAGUUCCAGGUCCGGAUUCCCAAGAACGCCUUCAUCAGUAAAUUCAGAAUGUUUAUAGAUGACCAAUGGUACGAUGGUGUUGUGAAAGGUAAAGAGAAAGCUCAGCAGCAGUACACUGAGGCUGUGUCCCAUGGCCAAAGCGCUGGGCUUGUCAGUUCUGUAGGGAGGACCCUCGAGGAAUUUAAGACCUCUGUGACUGUGGCUGCCCACAAAAAGGUCACCUUUGAACUCACAUAUGAGGAGCUGCUGAAACGCAAGCUUGGCAAGUACGAGCUGCAAAUCCACGCUCGACCCAUGCAGCCUGUCAAAGACUUAAAGGUUGAUGUGUACAUUAAUGAGAAAGCUGGCAUCAAUUUCAUCGAGGUUAAAGGAGGAUUAAGCACCAAAGCCCUGGCUAAUGCUAUCACCAGAACACAUGCAGACAAACAGGCGUGGGUGUAUUUCUACCCAACAGAGGACCAACAGAAAACAUGUGAUGGCUGUGGAGAGCAGGGUAUGAAUGGAGAUCUGGUUAUUGUUUAUGACGUCAACAGGGACACCUCACUUGGAGACAUCAAGACAUCAGCUGGAUACUUUGUUCAUCACUUUGCUCCAUCUAGUCUUUCCCGCAUACCAAAAAAUGUUGUCUUCGUUAUUGAUCAAAGUGGCUCAAUGAGUGGCAGAAAAAUGCAACAGACCCGAAUUGCAUUAAUCCACAUCUUGAACGACCUGGCAGAGGAUGACCACUUUGGUCUUAUCACUUUUGAUAGCAACAUUUUUCACUGGAAAAGAGAACUUGUUCAGGCCAACAAGAAAAACCUGGAGAGUGCUAAGACAUUUGCACAGAAUAUUCAAGCUAGAACAACCACAGACAUUAACGCAGCAGUGUUGGAAGGAGCACGUAUGCUGAAUGCACAUCCCAGAGAAGGUUCAGCGUCUAUCGUCAUACUUCUCACUGAUGGAGAUCCAACCUCAGGGGAGACAAAUCUUGAACGAAUACAAUCAAAUGUCAGAAGGGAUAUUGCAGACAAGUUCCCACUCUACUGUCUUGGUUUUGGUCAUGAUGUCAAUUUUGAGUUCCUUGAGAAGAUGUCGCUGCAGAACAAUGGUGUGGCACGACGGAUUUACGAACACUCUGACGCUGACUUACAGCUCAAGGGUUUCUAUGACGAGGUGGCCACUCCUCUGUUGACAGAUGUGACAAUGAUCUAUAAUGGAGGGACCAAUCUAACCCAGACUAACUUCAGCCAGUAUUAUAAUGGCUCUGAGAUUGUGGUGGCCGGUCAGAUCACUGACAACGACAUUGAAACCUUCACUCCACAAGUUGUAGCCAUUUCGAGGGAUAGAAAAGUGACGUUUUCUGACACAAACGCCACCAUGGAGUACACUGGCACAGAUUUUGACAGCCACAUCCAGAGGGUUUGGGCCUACCUCACAGUCAAACAGCUUCUGGAGAAAGAGCUGCUGUUAUCUGGACCUGAGAAGGAGAAUGUGAAGAAAGAGGCGUUGGAGCUGUCGCUGAAGUACAGCUUUGUAACCCCACUUACAUCCAUGGUGGUCACCAAGCCUCUAGGGGAGAAAACAGAUGUGCUCCAUAAACCUAAGGAAGGUGGAACAACACAAGGACACAGCACUGGAGUCCCCUUUCCACCCCCAGUCCAACCCUCCUGGGCAUCAAUCAUUCCAGCCUUCCACAAUGGCUUGCAGGGGAUGCCAGGGAUAUCACGCUUUACAGACGCCUAUGAUGUCUUUGAUGACUUUGUGGGAGCAGAUGAUGUUGAUUCUGAUGAUUAUGAAGACGCAAUGAUUGUGCCUGACAAAACAACUAAUGUUCCUCUUUCCCACAGGUUUCUGCUAAAAACUGAGAAUCUGUCUCUUCCACUCUGCUUUGAUGUCACUGGAGAUGUUCGUCUUAAACUACUUCACCAUCCCAACAGGGAGCUGUCUGUGAAUGGUGAGCUUGAUACAGUAACGAAUGGAGGCUUCAGAAGGAUUGUCAUCCACUUCAAGACUGACCUUUAUGUUGAGGUUGACACCAAUGUCAUCACUGUACGAGAGGGACAGACACUGACACGCCACACUGGACAGGAUCUCAUCACAGCUGGAAGUUUGACAGUGAUUAGGCGGAACAAGGAAAUAGAUGUUGCAGCUGGAGACACACGCAUGGUCAUCUAUAUUCAUGAGAAGGAUGGCGUGGGAUUCCUCUGGCCGGUUUUGAGACAGCAGCCACUGGACAACAACGUUACAGGAAUCAUAGCUCUAAAGCCAGCAGUUUAUGAGGAAGUGCAACAAACUCCCUCAACAAAACUUAAGAUCAAAGACCAGGAGAUUGACGUUACCAGGUCCAAUGCUUUUGACUACAGUAUAGUCUCUCCACCGACACUGGACUGCUGGCUCAUGUCUGUGGAGUCUGUCCUGCAGAGACACCUGGAUGAUUUCAUCGUUACUCAACUUUAACUGGGAAUUAUGUUGAAUCACUUGCAAAGAUUUCAUUUUAAAGAAAAAAAUGCAAACACUGAUUCAACUUGAAACAAACUUUUCACCUGUUACUAACAAAUAAAUAGUAUCCCCGAUC